ACGAGAAAAAAAAUGAUGGGCGCACGUCAGGGAUUUCAAAGAGAGCAUCGAACGGGCACCCGCAUAGAGAUUUUAUAUGGAGCCCUUGUUGUGACCACUGGUAACUUUCUUCCGCCGCCCCCUCGCGGCCUCUCCAAUCGCUAUGUCCAGAGCAGGGACUCGGAGAGUCGAGACCCGACCAAAUAUAUGUCCGAUUUUUGCUACACAACAACAAGAGGAGAGAGAAUGUCUGUCCCUCUCUUCCACCUCGCUCCCGAUCUCAUCGUCUCCAGGCUAUGCUUCGGAACCAUGACGUUUGGGGAGCAGAACUCACUGCCGCAGUCCUUUCGCCUUCUCGAUGAGGCCUUCGAAGCGGGCGUCAACUUCUUCGACAGCGCUGAGAUGUUGACCUCUCUCUCUGUAUCCGGUGCCUCAGCGAAGAGCUACUCAGGGGUGGAGCGAGAAGUAUCUAGGUCGUUGGAUGAGAGAGCGGAAGAUACCGCGCGACCGUGUCGUUGUGGCUACCAAGAUGCAACAUUUAUUGAAGUAACUGUACUGCUCCGCCCACAGGUUACUGGACCAUCUGGCCAGAUGACUUGGAUUCGAGGGGGGCCUAAAUCUUUGGAUGCUAAUAAUAUUUUAGAGGCCAUUGAUAACAGUUUGUUGAGACUGAGCUUAGAUUACAUUGACCUGUAUCAGAUACAUUGGCCUGAUCGUUAUGUUCCAAUGUUUGGAGAAACUGAAUAUGAUCCAAGUCGACAGUAUGCAUCUGUGGCUAUAGAGGAACAGCUUGGUGCUCUUGGAAAAGCUGUUGAUGCUGGUAAGAUCAGAUAUAUUGGUCUUAGCAAUGAAACACCAUAUGGGGUGAUGAAGUUCAAUCGACUUGCUGAGAAUAUUCGGCUCAACAGUAACUUAGUAUCCCUGCAGAACUCUUACAACUUGCUUUGCCGAAAUUUUGACUCUGCAUUAGCUGAAUGUUGCCACCAUGAGAGAAUUAGCUUGUUGGCUUACAGUCCAAUGGCAAUGGGCAUACUAUCUGGGAAGUAUUACUCUCUUGGUGGGGGUCCAUCAGAUGCACGAUUGAAUCUAUUCCGAGGAAGAUAUUCUGAAGGUGAAUCUAGAUAUAAUCUUUCCAAUCCCAUAUUGAAAUCAGCUGUUCAGGAAUAUGCGGAUAUUGCCGUAAAGUAUGGUCUCUCUCCUGCAUCUCUUUCAAUUGCAUUUGUCUUGAAGCACCCUCUUGUUGCAAGUGCUCUUUUUGGGGCAACUAAAGCAUGGCAGCUAAGGGAAGUUCUUCAAGCUUCUAAGAUCCAUCUCACAAUGGAAAUAAUUGCAGAGAUCAACAAGGUUCAUGCAAGAUAUCCUAAUCCUUGCCCUUAAUCAGAUUGCAGUUUCUUUUCCCCCUUUCCUUUUCCUUUUCAUCCCUAGGAGUUUCGCAAUUCCUCUUCAGCGCUAUGGAUUUUGUUUGUGAGAAAGCCUAGGUCAGUUUUAUACACCAUUCUUGUUCCUUUCAUUCAUGUAUAGCAUAGUAGGUCUAGUAAAUGGUAUGGUGUCAUUGUAAUAAAUUUUACAGCUCAUGUUGGAAAACAUGCUAGUGAGUUGGCAAUUGGCAUGUAAACCAUAAAUAGAGAAAGGGAAUUGCAAGGAACUAUCUUUUUUUUUCCCUUCCUUUUUAAUGAUUUAAGAGAUGGCAAAUAUCACAAAUCUUUAUGCGCUC